AUGGCGGGAAAUACUCAGGCUCGGCUUGAUCAUACAGAUGGAGGGGAACAGAGUGUAUCUGUUCCUUUCGCGGAAAAAAAGACCGUUAGCUCAUGGGUGCACCUUCUUGCAGGCGCGAGCGGCGGAAUGGCUACUGCGAUAGUGACUUCUCCCCUUGAUGUCUUGCGAACACGUCUUCAGUCCGACUUUUAUCAAACUCCGAAUAGGGGCUCCGACGCCUCCCCCCAAUCAAACCAGCAUCCUCAAUCACGACCACUUCAACGAUCAAAUCAUAAAACGCUGCGGAUUAUCAGCUCCAUCUAUCGUGCUGAAGGCUGGCGAGCUUUCUUCCGAGGCCUCGGUCCAAGCAUGGCAGGUGUAGUUCCGGCGACCGCAAUCAAGUUUUACGUAUACGGCAAUUGCAAGCGUGUUGGAGCUCAGCUCAUGGGACACACGGAAGAUUCUGCCAUUGUCCAUGCACAAGCUGCGAUCUGCGCAGGACUCGCAACUUCUACCGCAACAAAUCCAAUAUGGCUUGUCAAAACAAGGUUACAACUUGACAAAACACAAACACACGCCGGUGGUCCUUCGACCCGACGAUAUCGCAAUAGCAUAGAUUGCAUCCGGCAAGUCAUGCGAAAUGAGGGACUGGGUGGCUUUUACAGAGGAUUGAGCGCAAGCUAUCUCGGCUCGAUUGAAACGGCUCUACACUUGGUGCUCUAUGAGCAAUUGAAAACUCGGCUCCACCGGUCAUUAGAAGCCACCGAGGGGAAGCCACGGACUGCCUUCUGGGACGAAGUCUCUCAUUGGGCUAGUACGAGUGGUGCCGCAUCUUCCGCUAAGCUUGUGGCAGGUCUUAUCACAUAUCCUCAUGAGGUUAUUCGAACACGAUUGCGCCAGGCACCUAUGGAGCGUGGCCAGGCCAAAUACACAGGCCUGUUGCAAUGCUUCCGUACCAUUGCGAAAGAAGAAGGUAUGGCAGGUUUGUAUGGAGGCCUAGCUCCUCACAUGCUCCGCUCUUUGCCUUCGGCUAUCAUUACGCUUGGCGUAUAUGAAUUUGUUCUGAGGAUCACCGGCGCUUAG